ACGGAACUGAAAGGGUAUUUAACUGUGUCAUUUGAAUUUUGAAAAACGAAAAGUAACCGGUGCUGCAAACCUAGCUGAUUGCACGAAAAAUUUCUCACGGAGCGUUACAUACAGGGAAUACAUAACUCUAACUUUGCCGAAUAAAUUUUUAGAUCUGUUGUUGUUUGGGACAUGAAUCAAAAGAUGAGAAAGCCAUAUGCCCUCCUGCUGUUGUUGUUAAUGGCAGUGUUGGUGUGUUCAUCAAGUGCCUACACAUAUUAUAAAGUCAAUGAAGUAGGAAAGUCAAGAACAGAUGGAUUUUUCUGUGGAGAUCGAAUCAUUACAAUAUAUGAAGCACUUUGUCUUAAGAGAAGAGUACGACGUUCUCCUAUUUUGAGCGGAGCCGACGCCAAAACUUUCAUUCAAAAGAGAUCAGCAACAUAUGGACAAUACCAUAUAGUAGAAGAAUGUUGUUCUGAAAGCUGCGCCUAUGAGGAAGUACGGGAAUACUGCUGACCAAGAAGACCGUAGCAGUAAUAAGCAAGCGGUCUUAAAUGGUUUGAUUUUUUUCGAUUAUUUUAUUAGAUUAUUUUAUUGUAUCAAGGCAUGAGUUUGAAUUGUUGAGGACAAGGGAAUGCGGAUCAAAAUAAAAAGCGUAUUUUGAUUGGU